AUGAGUAAACGUGCAAAAAAUUAUCCUGAUCCUGUGGAAGUAAUUAAAAAACAUGGAGCUGAUCCAUUACGCUUAUAUUUAAUCAAUUCACCAGUUGUUCGAGCUCAAAAUCUACGAUUCAAUGAAUCUGGUGUACAUGAAGUUGUUAAAGAUGUAUUUCUUCCAUGGUGUAAUGCAUUACGUUUUUUAAUUGAGUCUUCAAUUUUACCAUAUCAAAAAGCAACUCAUCAAUCCUUCAUUGUGAAACCGGAUGAAUUUCCGGUGACAAAUAAUUUUAUGGAUCGUUGGAUUUUAUCAUUUACACAAAGUUUAAUACUCUUUGUACAUGAAGAACUUUCGGCCUAUCGUCUGUAUACAGUUGUACCGCGGUUAGUAAAGUUUAUUGAUCACUUGGUGAAUUGGUACGUCAGAAUGAAUCGUAAACGUUUGAAGGGAGAUGCUGUUGAAGAUAAGAAUGAUUGGAGAGCUGCUUUACACACUUUGUUAAAAGUACUGUAUCAAAUGACAUGUCUGAUGUCACCGUUCACUCCAUUUAUGACAGAGUUUAUAUAUCAAUACAUGAAAGGCUACUUGGAUUACACUGACAAUUUAAAAGAUGGUGCUUCUCUCCUACCAGGUUAUUCAUCUGAAACCGGUGCUCCAGAUUCAGUUCAUUAUUUACAAGCUCCUGAACCAAAAAUAGAAUUGAUUUCACAUGAAAUUGAAGAUAUUGUCGCAUGGAUGCAAUCUACUGUUGAAUUAGGCCGAAUAAUACGUACUCGGUGUAAUCUACCCCUGAAAGCACCAUUACGUGAAGCUAUUGUUAUUCAUUCUAAUCCUAUUGUUUUGAAAAAUGUGAAAUCUGCACAAGGUUAUAUUAUUGAAGAAUUGAAUGUUCGUGCAUUGACAACAACCAACGAUAAACAUCGUUAUGGGGUUCAACUUCGUGGUAUCUUAAAUCAUAAAACAUUAGGUAUACGCUUAAAGAAUGACUAUAAAUCUGUUGUGAAUGCUGUGAAAGAAAUGUCUACUGAAGAAUUGGAGAAAUUUGUUAAUACUGGUCGUCUAAUUGUCUGUGGACAUGAAUUAUCUGGUGAUGAUUUGUCAGUAGUCUACACCACUGGUAAUGAUACACAUUCAACUUCAUCUAAUAGUUCAAAACUUAAAUCAAACCAAUCAACUGUCAGUAAUCAAAAUCUAUCGAAGUAUGAAACUGCUUCUGAUACAAAAGGUCUACUUGUAAUAUUGGAUACAACACCAGAUCCUGAGUUAGAGAAUGAACGCUUAGCUAGAGAACUUGUGAAUCGUAUUCAAAGGACACGUAAAAAGGCUGAACUUAUUCCUGAAGAUCCGAUUGUGAUUGUUGCAGUGACGGAUUUAGAUGCCUAUCAUAAUGUGGCUAGUCCAGAUGGUAGUUAUGUGAAUUUCAUACAGUCAACUAUCAAACAACCAUUCAUUAUAAUGAGACAGUCCUUGAAUGCAAAUAAUGGGGACAGGGUAGCGGUGGCGACGGCUGCAACGAUUAUGAAGAGUGCCAGUGUUGUUAUACCUGAUGGCUGGGAAUUAGGUCGAGAAAUUAUCCAUGAAACAGUUUCAAUCCCACCGGAUAAUAUAGAUCUUAUUAUCUUCUCACGUAAACAAUGUUCUAAUGUCGAUAGUGAUGUUCAUUGUGGUGUUCAGAAGAUUAUGGAGAAUGCUACCCGACAUCAACAACAACCAGUGUUUGUUACAGUGAUCAAUCAUGUUAACAGUCUACAAACUAUCAAAGUUCAACUAAGAGAUACUAAUAAUCAUUGGCUUGUACAAAAUGUUGAUGAUUUGUUAAGAAAGGUGAAAUGUGUUUUCGGUUGGUUGAAUAGUGUCAAUUUACAUUUGUAUACUUUAAAUUAUGAUGAUAAUUCAAAAGGAUUGAAACAAUUAGUACAUCUUCCAGCUAACCAGUUAAUCUCUUUGAACGGAACUACUUUGUAUGCUGCACCUUAA